AUAUUAAAAAUUUGAGUAAAAUUCCUGUAAAAUUUUAUCAUAUUGAUGGUAUAGAUUGGGAAUGUAUUCUAGGUGAUCUUGAUGUAAGGCAAGCAAAAGGAUUAGAUUUAGCUUUAUCAAAAAGAGAUUUUAAUAAAGAUUGGAAAACACAUUUGACUUAUAUUUUUAAAUAA